AUGGUUUCUUCACGAUGUAUCAUCCGUCCUCAUGAAUCCGGUACAGAACCGGAGCAUCCGUUGGGAAAGGCGAUACGGAUUCGUCUUGAUCUUGAUGGGUGCAAAGAUCUACCUCGCCCGCAGACUACGGUCGGGAAUAUCGAUACCUGUUGCUUGUACGAUGUUACCUUUGAGUUCAUCUCAAGUUCGAAGGGCGCGGCUAUCGUUCAGUCAGAGAGGGCAUACGAAGGGAGGGGAUUCCUUCGGGGCACGGUGCAAUGGGACGAGACUUUCUAUAUUGACUGUUUUGAGCUCAGUUAUAUCAGAAUCUUCCUGCGUCCUCAUGGGUCCACGAAUCAUGCUUGGGGUCGUGGACCAUGCUCGACGUCCGUAUCUGUUGCGGCGCUUCUCUCGCAGUCCUCAGUACUGCUUGAUGCUUACGAGCAACCGGGUACGAGCUGUACACUGUAUGUCUCUACCAGUCAAGUCCAGCAACAGUGUGCCUCCGGUUCUCGCCACAUUUUGGGGGCGCGGCAUGACCUGUACACAGGACCAACAUCGGCCACAGAGUCUAUUCUUGGCGCCAUACGCCAAUUAUCUUACUUCUUAGAGACGUUACGCCAGUUUAAGGUUGAUGUGACGGCCGGAUAUUCGAUGCAUUUGAGCAUGUACGGAGCUUAUGAGAGAGCUCAACGCCUUAAAUCAAGGCGUCGCCUAAAACUGGUUAGAAUGCUCGCCGUCGUGACAGGCAUUAUGGAUACCGUUUCAAACUUGCCAAUUGCACAAGCACGUAAUAAGCGAGAUUCUAUCGCAGCCCUCAUGACUGAAUUGAAUGUCUGGAUACAAUUCGUGGAGAUCCUCGCGUCGAGAGGCCUCUCUAAUGAUAACGACUCCGAACAAGAGUUGGCCAAUCUCACUGUGGUGAUCAUUACGCCCGAUCCACUUGCUGGCCCAAGCAGCGCAACGGCCGUUACCCUUCGCGACACGAUAACCAGAACGAUAGCAAAGGACGCCCUCCUCUUGGCUCUCGAAGCCAUCGUACAGUCUUCCGACGCCUUCCCGCCACUGAAGAGCGCAGCGAGCGGAUUGCUCUUCUUCGUGACCUGCGUAGAUGUGGCAUCCAGCAAUAAGAAGCAGAUCCGCGACGUGUAUAGGCGCAUCGACGGCUUAGCCGCAUCCCUCGAACGCGGAGCCCGCCAUGGAGAUCCGCUGUCCCCAGCACAUCAGGAGAUCGCUGCAGUUCUGGCCCGAGAUAUCGCAGUACUAAACGAAGAUCUUCAAGACAUCGUCUCCGAGCGCAAGAGCCGAUUCAAGACGUUCUUCAGCGCGAAGAGGCACCGCGAGGAGCUGCAAGACAUUCUUUCGCAACUCGAAGCGGCAAGGUUGAACUACACCACUGCGAUCGCGACGCUCAAUGCGACGACGAAUGCACGUGUUCUCGCUCACGUUCAGGCUAUAACGCUAGUCAUGGGAGUCGGACCGGUACAGACGCCCGGAACGGGUCGAGCAGAGCAUAUAGCGUCCAUGUUCAGGUCGGCGCAGAUCGAGGAGGUCGGCAUCUGA